GUUUUAAUAGCUAGUUGCUGGUUUUGAAAGAGUUGCCAACUAGCUAAUACUAGUACAAAUUGGCAUCUCUAUUAUACAAGUAUAUAUAUUGGGUCCAUAUAGUUGAUCAAUCACAUGCAUUGCUUAUUAGGGUUUUCUCUACUAACUCUCUGCCUUCACUGACUCACUGUUCUAUAUAAACUACACUCUCCAGAAUCUGCCAUCCCCAUCAUCACCAUCCCUGAAUUUUUAGCUUCUUGAAUUCACCAUGGAGACCUCAAAGCUCAUAGCUUUUCUCUUCUCCAUGCUUUUCAUUUCCUCAGCCACUCCCACUUUGGGCUGUGGGGGUUGUGACCAGCCCAGUCACGGACGUCCCAGUCACGGUCACAAACCAAAACCCUACCCGCCGGCGGUCAAGCCGCCGGGGAUUCUCCCUCCGGUCAUCCUCCCGCCAAUUCUCAACCCUCCGGUGACUGUCCCACCAGUUGUUAAGCCGCCAGUUUACCUGCCCCCGGUCACUCUCCCGCCCGUCGUUAAGCCGCCAGUCAACCUGCCCCCGGUCACCCUCCCGCCGGUGGUGAAUCCUCCGAUAACGAACCCGCCCUCAUACGGGAGCGGGGGCAAGCCGUGUCCAACGCCGCCAGCGACGUGCCCGAUCGACACCCUGAAGCUCGGCGCGUGCGUGGACAUUCUGGGAGGUCUGAUUCACAUAGGGCUAGGCGACCCCGCCGUGAACGAGUGCUGCCCCGUCAUUCAAGGGCUGGUGGAGCUUGAGGCGGCGGCGUGCCUGUGCACAACCCUAAAGAUUAGGGCACUGAACCUUAAUCUUUAUGUCCCGCUUGCCCUCCAGCUGCUAAUCACCUGCGGCAAGACUCCUCCUCCUGGUUACACUUGCUCGGUGUAAAACAGCUCAGCCCACGCCAACGCUUACUAGUUGAAUUUGCAGGUUUUGGCUGUAGGUUUGGUGGAUUGACAUGAAAGGAUGUCAGCAGUCAAGCAUGCAUGUGAUUUGUAUUUGUCACUUUUCUAUGAAUCCUCAUCCCACCCAUAUUUCUUUCAAUCUUUUUUCCAAUCUUUCUACUAUAGUGUGUGGUAGAGCUGUCCCCUGUGUUGAUUCGAACUGUACGAGCACCUUUUCCUGUAUUUGAAUAGUGUUUUAUUUCAAGUGUUUUGUUACAAGUUUUUUUAUAUUUCAAUUGAUAGAUUGAAUUUUCAAGUGGCGUUCCACAAUUAGAUUUUUUUCAUUUUUUUCAUUAUUGUUUUGCACACCUUUGUGUAUGCCAUUUCCUUGAAAUAAAAUCCACCCAUAUAUGUUGUGACAAAAUGUUAUGAUAGGACGACGGCUAAUAUGAAUCAAUUUAAAUUCAU